GUCUUCACAAACAAUAUACGUUCGACUCUUCAUUUUCACAAACUCCGGAAACGUGAUACGGUCUACUAUUCUCGGAUCCUGUGAACCCAAUUCACAUUUAUCUCUCACAACCAAAGACGAUUUCCCACCCAACAUGUCGCGCAACCUUAUAGAUCAGGACUUCGGCUCCGAGGAGGAGGAUGACGAUUUCAACCCCGCUCCGGCGGAAGACUCAGACAACGAGGAUGUGAAGGCGACUCACCGCCGUCGGGAUGAGGACGAUGACGACGACGAUGACGCUGAUGUACACACUGGAAGGACGGCACGGCAUCGCGCGGGCAGCGAGGAUGACGUGAGAGGACGAGGUCAUGCGGAUGACGACGACGAAGAGGACGAUAACGACGAUGAGGACGGCGAAGAUGAGGAAGAAGGAGAUGAGGAUGAGGACCAGGAUGAAGACGAAGAUGAGGAUGACGAUGUGAACCCCAGACGGCCCGCGAAGCGCAGACGGAGAGGUGGUGUUCUCUCUUUCGUUGAUACCGAGGCCGGUGUUGACGAGGAUGAGGAUGAGGCCGAAGACGAGGAGGAUGAGAUGGAAUUUGGCGGGGAAAUGCACCCCGAUGAUAUGGACACACUGCCUGUCGGGGUGGAAACGGAUGAUCGGCGACACAGACAGCUGGACCGUCAGCGCGAGUUGGCGGCCAGCAUGGAUGCGGAGAAGCAGGCUCAGAUGCUCAAGGAGCGUUACGGACGGAACCGUGCUGCGGCCACGGAUGCCGUUGUUGUGCCCAAGCGACUGCUUCUCCCCAGUGUCGAUGAUCCCAGUAUUUGGGGUGUUCGUUGCAAGGCUGGCAAGGAGCGUGAGGUGGUGUUCUCAAUCCAGAAGCGCAUUGAAGAGCGACCACCUGGGUCUCGGAACCCUGUCAAGAUCAUGUCCGCUUUCGAGCGCGGCGGAGCAAUGGCUGGAUACAUCUACGUCGAGGCACGCCGGCAGGCUGAUGUUAUGGAAGCACUCCAGGAUAUGACAAACGUCUACCCCCGGACUAAGAUGAUCCUGGUGCCCGUACGUGAAAUGCCGGAUCUUCUGCGCGUGCAGAAGUCGGAGGAGCUUAUGCCUGGUGGCUGGGUUCGGAUCAAGCGCGGAAAAUACCAGGGCGAUCUGGCGCAGAUCGAGGAGGUCGAGACUAAUGGCCUGGCAGUGACGGUGCGCCUGGUUCCUCGUUUGGACUACGGUCUGAACGAGGAUAUCGGUGCUCCGGCUGUCGACCCUAAGCGGAAGCGUCCUGGCAUGAACCCAGCAGUAGCUCGUCCCCCACAGCGUGCCUUCAGUGAGGCUGAAGCCAAGAAGAAGCACGCCAAGUAUCUCUCUGCAACGUCUGGCUUGGGUGGAAAGUCUUGGAGUUAUUUGGGCGAGACUUAUGUGGAGGGUUUCUUGAUCAAGGACAUGAAGGUUCAGCACCUGAUCACCAAGAAUGUGAACCCUCGCCUGGAAGAGGUUACCAUGUUCGCUCGGGGUUCCGAAGAUGGCACCUCCAACCUGGAUCUGGCCUCUUUGGCUGAAACACUGAAGAACCAGACCGCGGAAGAUUCGUAUCUCCCUGGUGAUCCAGUUGAGGUGUUCCGGGGUGAACAGCAAGGGCUGAUCGGACGCACAACCUCUACGCGCGGUGACAUUGUGACUCUGUUGGUCACGGAGGGUGAAUUGGCCGGACAGUCCAUCGAAGCACCGGUCAAAUCCCUCCGCAAGCGAUUUAGAGAAGGUGACCAUGUCAAGGUCAUCGGUGGCAGCAGAUAUGUGGACGAGUUGGGUAUGGUUGUACAAGUGAAGGACGACACAGUCACGCUGCUCAGCGAUAUGAGCAUGCAGGAGAUCACGGUCUUUAGUAAGGAUCUCCGACUAUCUGCCGAGACUGGUGUGGAUGGUAAACUCGGCAUGUUCGACGUACACGACUUGGUUCAACUUGACGCUGCUACUGUCGCCUGUAUUGUCAAGGUUGAUCGCGAGUCACUACGAGUCUUGGAUCAGAAUGGUUCUAUCCGUACCAUUCUUCCUACACAUGUCACGAACAAGAUCACACCGCGCCGUGAUGCAGUGGCUACCGACCGCAACGGUGCCGAAAUUCGCCUUGGAGACACGGUGCGCGAAGUGUAUGGUGAACAGCGCAACGGUGUAAUCCUCCACAUCUACCGUUCAUUCCUGUUCCUGCACAACAAGGCGCAAGCUGAGAACUCUGGUAUUGUGGUGGUGCGCACGACUAAUGUUGUCACUGUGUCGGCCAAGGGAGGUCGAGCUACCGGACCCGAUUUGACGAAGAUGAAUCCGGCGCUGAUGAGGAACGGAGCCCCUGGUGGUAUGAUGGGGCCGCCCCAGCGGAGCUUUGGACGUGACAGAUUGAUUGGCAAGACCGUCCAGGUUCGCAAGGGGCCCUACAAGGGUCUGGUGGGUAUUGUCAAAGACUCGUCCGAUUUGCAGGCUCGCGUGGAAUUGCACACCAAGAACAAGUUGGUUACGAUUGACAAGGAGCUCCUCGUCGUCAAAGACCCUAUCACUGGUCAAACGAUUGACAUGUCCCGUGGUGGACGGGGCGGUGGACGCAUUCCCAACGGCGCCUCUAGUGCCCCUCAGUCCGCAUGGCAGGGUGGUCGUACACCGAUGGGUAUGGCCGAUUCCUCGAGGACGCCGGCCUGGGGUGGUGCUGCAUCUGCUCGUACUCCUGCAUGGGGUGGCGUAAGCAGCUCGCGCACGCCUGCCUGGAAGCAGGAUGGCUCGCGCACUUCCAAUCCCUACGAUGGCAGCCGCACCGCCUACGGAGGAGGUGGAGGUUUUGGAUCACGCACUCCCGCCUGGAACGCUGGCGCGCGCACGCCCUAUGGCGGAUCCGGCAACAGUGACUUCGACGCCUUCGCAGCCGGCUCGCGCACUCCGGCUUGGGGCGGUGCCGGCAGCGGUGGCAGGACCCCCGCCUGGGGAGCCUCCGCAAGCAACGGCAACAAAGGCUACGAUGCCCCAACACCAGGAGGCAACUACUCCGCCCCUACUCCAGGUGCCUACGGCAGUGCCCCCACGCCUGGAGCGUCGGCACCUACCCCCGGAGGCUGGGCAGACAGUGCCCCGACGCCGGGCGCCUUCAACGCACCUACACCCGGUGGACCUUCGAAACGAGGAGGCUACGAUGCACCCACCCCAGCCGCCUUCGACGGCGCUGGCGCUCACAGUCGUCCCUACGACGCGCCCACCCCCGCCGGCGCAGCCGCAACGCCUGGUGCAGGUUACGACGGCGAUGACGGCGGACCACGCUACGAGGAGGGCACGCCCAGCCCUUGAACGACUUUA